GAGCGUCAUAUCUUCAUCUGUUUCUGAUUAAUAAAAGAUAGACUACUUCGCCUGCUACUAGCCACCAAGCGUGAGUGAUCCGUAAGCACGCCUUGAUAACAACAUGUGGCUUAUUACUUUAAAAGGAAUCAAAGACAGAUUAAGAAAUUAAACCAAUCCCUAGAGCCGAAUAAUCUAACAAUGUAAGUGUUUAAAUUAAGAUGAACGACUCAAAUUGAUCAGCAUUUGGCCGCGGCACUCACACUGAAUAUCUGGUGGAGAUUCUGAUCACAGGAAGGAAAUCGAAACUUAAGCAACUAAAUACAAACAGACUGCCCAAUGACGACGCAGAAACAUUUGUAAUCAACAUUAGACUUCGCUCUGCACACUCGUGGCCAUCGGAUUUCCAUUACAUAUCACAACACAAAACUAUUGAUUUAGGCCUAUUUUUUUGUAAACUUAUUAUAGGAAGUGCUGCGAGCUUAUCUUUAUACAGUAGUCUCCUUGUUCCUGUGCUGUCAUGUUGGGGCUGGUUACUUGCCAAUAACCACGACGAACUAUGUUUGUCAGGGCUAUAUCCAGCUACCACUGAGGACCACUAAUUAUGACGCCAGCAGCCCAUUUGUUUGUUGAGGAAAACUUUUCCAAAAUGUAUCCAGAAGCUAUGGCCAUGGAGGUCACAUGCCCAAUCUGCUUGGAGCUCUUCUUUGAUCCAGUUUCUCUUCCCUGUGGUCACACCUAUUGCUUAGCUUGCCUCCAGACCAUGGGAGAAGGUCUUGACCAGCAUAGUUGCCCUGAGUGCCAGGUAGAGUACCAGGGAACCAGCACCCUUGCGAAAAGCUCCAAAAUGUGCAGCCUAGUUGAAGCUUACAAAGCCACUGCUGGGAGAGUCAAACCAAAUGCAGACCCUUCUGAUGUUGAAGCGGCGAGGAGUGAUGCUAGGCCUGGUACAGUAGAAUCGCACCCUAAAGUGACUGCUGGAGGUAGCCAGGAGAAGAGCUCUGACGCAAAGGAAAAGGAUGACUUAGUAAUCGGGUCUGGAUCCGAAGAGCUCCCCUUUUCUUCGCACCAAGAGAAAGACACUCGCAAAGGCAAGAUGGAAAUGGAAGAACCCAAAUUCAGACUUGCAUCUCAAAUCACAGAUUUGGGCUUGAAGUUGGAAAUGGCAGAGAGUUUGCUGAAGAAAGAGAGGGAACGAGAGUUGGAGGUGACAGCUGCUAAUAGUACGCUGAGAGAGAAAACAUCCAAACUUUUAGAACAGAUGAAAGAUCUGACGCAGAGUUACAGCGCACAGGUGAUGCAGCUGAUAGAAAAAGAGCUAGCUCCAGGUGAGGAAGGUAUAGGCCACAGAGUCAGUCGUGCUUCGGAGCUGACUAAGCAGCUGAGACAAGCUGUGCUCAUGGCAGAGUCCCUCCUGACCGAAGAGGACGAGGCUGCAUUCAGUGGCGAUCUUCAGACUCUACAGCCGCGCAUUGCAGAGCUAAUGGCUGAGCCCGUGGAGGAAGAAGUGGACCACAUUGACACAAAAGUCAACGCGGCACGAGCCUGUCCCAAACUGGAAAGCAUGAACACUGAACUGAGGGAAAGAUUCAGAGAGAUUGAGCGCUCCAUUCGAAACGCCCUCAACCCUUCAGAGGUGACCUUUGAAGCCGAAACAGCCCAUCCAAACCUAGUCCUCUCGGACGACUUGAAGACAGUCACUUUCAGCGCCGCAAAGCAGCCCUACCCACCUUCUCCUCAGAGGUUUACCAACUUCUUACAGGUCCUCAGCACCCAGAGCUUCCAUGAAGGGGAGCACUGCUGGGAUGUGGAGCUGGAGGGGUCUCCGUGGAUCAUAGGCCUGUGCUACAGCAGAAAGUUAGAGCGUACUGGUUUGCCCUCAGCUCUUGAGAGCAGCCGGAGUUCCUGGUGUCUGAUGUGGUUCAAUAAUCUGCUGACAGCCUUUGAGCAGGGUCACAGUGUGCCGCUGAAGAGGACCACAGUGUCAUGCAGGCUGGAGAUCAGACUGAGUUUUAAGAUGCACAGACUGAGCUUCUAUAAUGUCAGCCCCAUCAGCGGGAAAACUCAUAUAUACACAUUUAAGGCCAACCUGACUGAACCAGUGUUCCUGGCCUACAGGAUGAUGUCAGGGAGUCCCAAAGCACGUGUCACUAUUCACUCAUAACACUAUUUGCAUUAAGAAAAAAUAAAUAAAUGUAUAUAUUAAUGCCAUGCAGAAAAAAAAAUGAUAAAAGGAAAGAGUGUAUUUGUGUUGUGUUUGUUAAUUUAAAGUUUAAUGUUGUGUGUCAAACAUAGACAUAAUUGCAGUGUACCUGAAAUAUAGUGCCCAUGAAAAAAGCUUAAAGAAAUAAUUGUAAAGUUUUUAACUCACCUUUACCUCUUUUAUUUUUGUUGGUAAUGCACUGUAAUGCUUAAUGAGUGCUCAGGAAAGAAAACAAAAAAAUCAAAUAAAAUCACUUUCUGUCU